AAUGGGUGUUUUGCAAUGGCGGCGUCGUUUUAGUCUUCUGCAGCCAAAGAAAACCUAAAAAAGAUCAUUUCUUUUGCUAUCAGAACCAGAUAGAAAAACCCAGAGCUGAUUUGCUAUGGAUUCCUUUACAUGUUAAAAGCCUCUGCUUUAAAAAUCCAGGUAGAGUUUUUUUUCACUGAAUUGCUGUUUCAAAUUCUCAAAGUUCAUCUCUUUACUAGUAAAGUGAGUUCUGGUUGUUGUAAUUCAAUCUAUAAAUGCACACUAUGUACUCUAAUUUGACAAAGAACCAAGCUUUUCCAAUUGUUAUUAGGUUUUCUUCACAAACCUCAAAAACCCAACUUUUGCCAAUUGGGUAUUCUCCAAAACCCUCCCUAAACCCUUCAUUGAUGUAUAGCACCCAUAAAGGUCUCCACUUUCACCAUAAGUGUUUAAAACCUGAAAGUGUUUUAAGUGAGUUUAGGAUUAGAAGUGCUAUACGGUGUUGUUCUUUGGUUAGAGCUAGAAGUUUUUCGAGUUUGAAUUCGAAAAGAGUUGGUGAAGAUAGGGUUUUUAGUAAAGCUGGAAAGGCAUUACCUUGGUUAGCCUCAGGGGAAGUGAAUAGAGGUAAAGGGUCACAUAAAGUGGCGAUUCCAAAGACCGAUAGUCGUUCUUCUUGGGAAGAAUCAUUGGAUAGGUUGGAGAAAGAGAAUAAUAGUAGCUCCUCUUGGGAGGAAUCAAAUGAAUCAUUUUUAGGAAAAAGAGGUGGAAAGGAUGUUAAAGAGAGCAGGCAUAGGAAACUAGAUAUGAUAAGGGAUCGUCGUAAUGGACUUAAUGGUAGUCAUAGCAAAAGAGAUGAAAGCAAUGAAGAAGAAGAAGAAGUGAGGGAAGAAGAUGAGCUUGUCAAUGAUCCGAGAUGGGACAAGAUUAAGGGUAGGUUUAGAGGAAUGGUGGACAGAGAAUUUGGGUCCGAGAAACCAGAAUUUCGAAGAUGGAAUAAGCAAGAGAGUUGGGGUAGAAAAACAUGGAAAGAGGCCACCGAAUCAACUUUACCUAAAAUGGUUGGCGAAGGGGUUUAUGGGGUAGGUCCUGUUUUGGCUGCAUUGUCAGCUGGGAGAAGGGAGUUUUAUGCUUUGUAUGUCCAAGAAGGAUUAGAUUUGAGUAGUAAUAAUCGGAAAAAGAAGGAUAAGAAAGGGUUCGAAAAAGUGUUUAAGUUGGCUGAAAAACUCGGGCUUAAUGUAAAAGAAGUUUCAAAGCAUGAUCUUAAUAUGAUCGCUGAUAAUCGCCCCCAUCAAGGUUUGGUGCUCGAUGCUUCUCCCCUUGAGAUGGUCAAGAUAAAGGAAUUAGACCCUGUCCCAGAUGAGGAGAAAGGUUCACUUUGGGUAGCUUUGGAUGAGGUUACUGAUCCUCAGAAUUUAGGUGCCAUAAUUCGGUCAGCUUACUUCUUUGGAGCCUCAGGGGUGGUACUAUGUGCUAAAAAUUCUGCUCCAUUAAGCGGUGUCGUCAGCAAGGCAAGUGCUGGCUCACUUGAAUUAAUGGAGCUUAGAUAUUGUAAGAAUAUGAUGCAGUUCUUAGUUUCCUCGGCACAAAACGGUUGGCGGGUUCUCGGGGGUUCUGUUUCUCCAAGAGCUGUUCCCUUGAACAAGGUUUUGCCAGGCGUGCCAACCAUUCUUGUUUUAGGCAGUGAAGGCACUGGCUUGAGGCCUCUAGUGGAGAGAUCAUGCACUCAGUUAGUUAGAAUCCCGGGAAAUAUUCCUAGAGACAUAACAACCGGAGAUGUUGAUGAUAUGGAAACUACGGAAGUAAAUUCCGUUUGCUCAAUCGAGGAAUUCCGAUCUUUUCUGGCUGUUGAGAGCUUGAAUGUGAGUGUUGCAGCAGGUGUGCUUCUUCACCACUUAAUUGGAAGUAGCCAUGGUAUUAGUUCUCCAAUUGAUAACAAGUUAACCGAAAUGCAUCAAUGAUAUUCCAUGGAUGAGGCAUUGAGCUUAGUAUCUAUGUUGUCAUGGUGAUUCUGACAUUGUAUUUGGUUUAUAUGCAGUGACAUGGUGAUUCUGUCAUUAGUUAAAUUCUUCAUUCAUUUCUCUUUGCUUGCAAAUUGCAGGAAGGUUGCAUGUAAUUUAGAACCCUUUUAUGAAUGAGUUUGGACUAACGUAUUUAUAUUGUUUAUCACUGCUUUUGAGAAGAUAAAAUAUUCAUUUCAACUUUAAUGGUAAACGGAGCCUUAAAUUUUCAGGCAUGCUGAUGUAGGGGUUAUUGCCAUGGCCAAAUAGAGUAUGAAGCCAGAGGGGUUUUUAUUAUUUGGUCAUGGCAUUCAAUGUUACUCAGACUUAUGUAUGAUAGUUGGAUAUGUGUAUCUAUCCGACACAAGAAUGAUUAGAUUUUUGUAAGGAGGUUUUUUAGAGGAUUUUAGAGCUCAUAUGUUGGAUUGGAGUACUUCAAGAUAAAUGAUGAGUACAACCAAUAUAAAUGCAUUAACCCUUAGGGUUUUUUUUUUGUUUUUUGUUUUUUGUUUUUGUUUAAAUAAAUUAAAGAGAGCCCAAUUGCUUUGCCAUGGAGACCAAGUAACAAGCAUAUUAGAGACAAGAACCAAUAUCAUCACUUGGAAUAUAUAACAUAUAAUUGAAUUUUAA